CUUAAUCUUAUUCCUCCACCGCCAUCAAAAACCCCCAAUUUCCUCUCUUUCUCUCUCUUCCACACUCACUUCCUUAUUCAAUUUCUCAUCCUCAGACCUCAAUUCUUCCUUAACAAUGGCGGAUCCAAUUGAAUUAUUUCAAUUUCAUUCCUCCAUUAACGAAUUAAUUCCAGGUUUACCACAUGACUUGGCUAUGGAAUGUCUCUUAAGAGUUCCAAUUACUUCUCAUCCAACUCUCAGAUUAGUUUCUCAUCAGUGGAAAUCCACCAUUUCUAAUCCUUCCUUUUUCUCUCUCCGUCGAAUUAGUAACUUCGCUGAGAAUCAUCUAUUCUUGAUUCAGCCUCUUUCUCAGUCAAUAUCCGCUGAGAAAACUACCAUUUUUGAAGAAUCGGAUUUUAUGGAUAUUGACAUCGAGGAUAACAAACAACCCAGUAAUGGAAUUGGAUUACCGAAUUACAAUCUCAAUAUUUAUAAUGCGAAAACUGAAGAAUGGCGGUGUUUAUCUGGUCUUACGAUUCCAACAUUUUCACAAUGUGUAGUAUUAUCUGAGGUUGGAAAACUGGUUGUAUUAGGAGGGUGGGAUCCGACCACUUUAGAACCCGUUUCUAGGGUUGUUGUAAUCGAUUUAAACCUUGGAGUUUGGAAAGAAGGUUCUCCUAUGCCUACAGCGAGAUCUUUCUUUGCAGUCGGAGCUCCGGGAAGUACAACAGUUUAUGUCGCCGGAGGACAUGACGGUCAGAAAAAUGCGUUAAAAUCCGCAGAAGAGUAUGAUGUGGAACACGACCAAUGGAAGAAGAUUCCGCCACUAACGGAAGAACGAGAUGAAUGUUAUGGGUUAUCAAUCUUUGAUGAUGGUAAGUUUUGGGUAAUAAGCGGUUACGGAACUGAAUCUCAAGGAAGGUUUCGAAGCGAUUGUGAAGUAUUCGACCCGGAAAAAGAGGAAUGGAGCAUAGUAACCGGAGUUUGGCCAUACCCGAUGAAAAACCCAAAAUCAAGUGCGGUUGUUAAGCUUGAAGGGAAGAAGAAAUGGUGGGAUGUGAAUGAAGGGGAAGUAAUGGAGUAUGAUUGGGAAAUGAGAGUAUGGAAAGGGUUGAACAAUAUGGGUGGGAUCCCAAAAGGGGUAAAUGGGUGGGUUUCAUUGAUUGAUGUUGGAAAUGGUAAGAUUUGUGUGAUGGGAAAUGGGGAAAAUAGUGAUGGAGAACGAAUGUUUAUGUUGGAAAUGGAGGAAGAAAAUGGGAAGAUGAAUUGGAGAUGGAUUCAGGUUGAAACUCCGCCAAGAUUCUUAAGGAUUCCUUUCUCAGCAGCUCAUUUUCUUAUGUAAUUGGUUUGAUUUUUGAAGUAUAUUUUGUAUUGGGUUCAUCUUGUUUAUUACUCUUAUUGUGACUUUUAAUGAGUAAUGGAUUCAAUAAUGCUAGUAUGUUGGUUUUAGAGUCUGCCAUUGUUGCCCUUUUUAAGUUCUUAUGCCUCAUUUUUUGGUGUGAGCUGCCAUCUGCAAGCCCUAUGUAUGUUAUAAUUCAAAUGGAUAGGGCAGGACUGUUUACCUUUAAGAGGAAAUAAAUCAAAAUAAUGAAAAUGAACAUAAAAUAAAGGAAAAAAAAAAUGAUUUUCCUCUUAUGAAAGGUAAUAUAUUUUCCCCUCUCUAGAAUAAAUAAUUAUCUUAUAAAAUUAAAAGCUUUUUUUAUUUUUCAUCACUUUGC